GAAUGCUUUUUCUUUUUCACCCAGAUAAAGUUUAUACUGUUCCUGAAACCAAGUCACGACUGAAGCAAUCAAGAUGAACCUUAAUUCGUCUACCGAAGGGACUGUUAAAAGAAUCCAUGUUGACUGCCCUGUUUCAGGAAGACAUGGCUAUAUAUACAUUAUGGUCCCAACCGUUUACAGCAUCAUCUUUAUUGUAGGCAUAUUUGGGAACAGCUUGGUGGUCAUUGUCAUUUGCUUCUACAUGAAAUUAAAGACUGUGGCUAGUGUCUUUCUGUUGAAUUUAGCCCUGGCUGACUUGUGUUUCCUAAUGACUUUGCCACUGUGGGCAGCCUACACAGCCAUGGAAUACCACUGGCCUUUUGGCAACUGUUUAUGUAAAAUAGCAUCCGCUGUGGUAAGUUUCAACUUGUAUGCCAGUGUGUUUCUACUCACAUGUCUAAGCAUUGACCGUUACCUGGCUAUAGUACAUCCAAUGAAGUCCCGACUUCGGCGCACCAUGCUUGUUGCCAAAAUAACUUGCAUCAUCAUCUGGCUGCUAGCAGGACUGGCUAGUUUGCCUGUCCUAAUUCACCGUGAUGUAUUUUUUGUUGAGAAUAUGAAUAUGACAAUUUGUGCUUUCCGGUACAAGACCCAUAAUAUAACACUGCCUGUUGGGUUAGGUUUAUCUAAGAACAUGUUGGGGUUUUUUAUUCCUUUUUUGAUAAUUUUAACAAGCUACACCUUAAUCUGGAAGACACUGAAGAAGGCUUACCAAAUUCAGAAAAACAAAACCAGAAAUGAUGAGAUUUUUAAGAUGAUUGUGUCAAUAGUACUUUUCUUCUUCUUUUCCUGGAUCCCUCAUCAAGUGUUUACCUUUCUGGAUGUAUUAAUCCAGCUACGUAUCAUAACAGAUUGCCAAAUUGUUGAUAUUGUAGAUACAGCUAUGCCCUUCACUAUCUGCAUCGCUUAUUUCAACAAUUGCCUGAAUCCCUUUCUUUAUGGGUUUUUUGGAAAAAAAUUUAAAAAAUAUUUCCUGCAACUACUAAAAUACAUUCCACCAAAUGUCAGGGCACAUCCAAGUCUAACAACAAAGAUGAGUUCAUUGUCCUAUCGACCAUCAGAAAACUUAAGUUUAUCCAUGAAAAAGGCUGUAGGGUCUUUUGACAUUGAGUGAUGUCUUUUGCGCUGUAUGGUUCAAGAACAGCUGAAAUUGCAAAAAUGUCAAAAUUCACCUACAUUCCUGACAUUACAUCUUACUGCAAUUACUGAGACAUUAAAACACCUCCUAGAAAUUGUCUUUGGAAGAUUUAGCAGUGGCCUUUUGUAUUGUCUAAAGGACUGUUCGUUGUUUUUAUUUGAAGCAACUCAAGAAGAUGGAAACUUGGGAGGUUUUUUGCAGCCUGCCUUCGAGCUCAGAACUUUGGAAGAAGGGUAAAUGAUGCUCCUGCAAAGAUCUCAGAACUUAGGUUAAAAAACGAUCAUUUGUGAAUUAUAUGAACUCUGCAGAAUUUGCAGAGAUUGUGGAGAACACAACUAUGUCUGAAAUAUGGAAAAAAUAUCCAUUUUCCUUGAUACAAAUAACCACACAACAUUACAUUUAUAUACAUCUAGUUGGUGAAUACAUAUUUUACAUAAACAGAUCUCAUUCCCAUUUUAGAUUGAGAUUUAAGGACUUCAAGACUGUGUUAACAUACCUUUGUGCUAUUAUUCAUUUUAAACAUGGCAAAGACGCUAUAAUAUAAAAUGAAAUGCAGAUUUAUUUAUUAAAUAUAAAAAGUAUAAAUCUAUACUUCUAUUACUUAUAUUUCAUAUUAGAAAACAUUAUUUUUUACACACACAUUUUUAAUCACUAUGUUAAAUGUAGCCUGGGUAUUUUUAUGGCCAUAGUUUAUAUAUAAACCAGUCUUACUCUCAUUUGACAGGGAAUAUCUCCCGUUGAUUUGAGUGGGAUUACUCAGAGUGAAUUUUUAUUUUAUGUGACUAAGAGAACGAGAAUAUGCCCCAAUUUUGGCAAAAAAAUUGUCACCUUGUUAACAAGCUUCGAAAGAUCAGCCAAAAUUAUUUUCAUGGAAUAAUUACAGUACUAAAUCAAAUAUAAAUGAAUUAAUUUGACCCACACAGAACAUCUCAAACUGUCUAAAAUUGUUCCUGGAUAUUCAGAGCUCCACAAAGCAAAAAUAUAAUAAUACUUACUGGGAUAAAUUCUGCUCUCAAGUCAUAGAAAUGAAAAUGUAUGACCACAUUUGCCCCUGACUUUUCAAUUUGCCUAAUAAAAACUUUCCAGAAAUUUUUGUUCAAGUCCAUUUUAAAAUUGUCUAAUCUGCCCAAAAAGCAAAUAAUCUAUUUACAACAUGGUCUGACAGAGAAAGAUUAAGAUAAAGUUACUCAUCACAGUGGAGAUUACCAUUAUAAAUUCAGUAUUUUUACAAAUUAGAGAUGACAUACUUAACUAGUUUUGAAAUCGGUUUGUGAGUUGUAGGAUUAUCCCUAAUUUCUGAAUAUAAAUUUAUAUUAUAUACAGAGCAAUAUUAUUCCAGGAUUUAUUUUCUGGAAAAUGAAAGGCACCAUUAUUAUAUUUACUAUAUUCAUUUUAAUAUUAAAAUUAGACAGUUUAAUAUCUAAAUUUAAUAUUUUAAAUUAGACAAAUAUAUGCACGUGAUAAUCAACUAAACUUUCUGAUUUUGAAUUUUGAAGUAGGAAUAUUUCAUUUUGCCAUUAUAUUAUAUAUUUUGGGUCUCACCUACCAGAGAGCAUCCAUCUUUUCCAUUUGCAGAUUGGCUGACUGUGGAUGCUGUCUGCUGGGCUGGGCCAUUAAUGUGCUUUGGAUACUCAUGUAUCAUCUUAAAAUGAGAGAUGAUCUCCCUGUCUUCUUGUGCAUCUGAAAACUAGUUCCCCUUUCCAUCUAGAGUCUGCGUUCCAUAAGAGUAACUGACUCACAGGCUGGUGAGUUUAUAUUUUAAAUUAUCUGGGCGGGAGGAACAAUUUAACAGCAAUAAAUGAACAUGGAAGUGCACUGGUCAGUGUUUUUGAUCACUUUGAGCCCAGGAAAGCUUAUGGGUUAGUAACAAGUGCAGGAAAACUACUGCUCAGGGUUCUAAGCCUGUACAAAUCCUGAGGAAGUAAGAUGUAUACUUGGAUGUGUGACUAUGGGAGAGACAGUGAAAGGGUGCAUGUGAUGUGUUUUUAAUGAACAACCAACCCCCACAUUAGUAUUUAGAGGGAGCAGGGAAUUAAUCUUUUUCUAAGUAAUUCUUUAGUCAUGACUUUUAUUGGAGGGUUGGAAGAGAAUAGGUGCUAAAUGUGUGUGGUUGCUAAUCCAGCAUUUGCAAAAACAAGUAACAGAUGGUGGAUAAAAAACUAAUCUUAAAUCCAGGCUUCCAAGUGUGCAGCCUCCAGGGACCUAGGUAAAGACAGCAAUGCUAACUGUUUUCAAACAGAGUCAGAAGAGUGGGAAGUCCAAUAUGUGCCAUUCCAGAGCCCUCUGCAAAUCCACCACAUUGUAAAAAGUCUGUCUGACCUAGUUGUGUGUAAGGCGGAGAUUAGGGAUGUUAAUAUUGGUUAAUUGAAUAGUUGAUUAACCUCACAUUCUUAUGGGUUACUCAAUUAUUCUGUAGUCCCCGAGGGUGGGGCCACAAGCCAGUGCACUCUAACCCUAUUUCCAAGGAGCCCCCUGCCAUUCCGCACUUCUGCCUCUGUAUCAGAGGCAGCAGCGUGGGAUGCUGGGU